GCUAUAUAUAGUUCCAUCUCCUUCCCUUAAUCCAUCACAUCGCAAGAGAAAGGAAAGAUGACAGAUGAUUGCUCUGAUGCGGGAAAGAGCUCGUGGCCGGAGCUAGUGGGAAUAAACGGAGAAGUGGCAGCAAAAAUCAUCGUAAGAGAGAAUCCCAAGGUUCGUGCUGGGAUUGUGAAGGAAGGAAUGAUGGUGACCAUGGAUUUCCGUUGCGACAGGGUCCGAGUCUGGGUUGAUAAAUAUGGAAUUGUGAAAGAUAUUCCACAAAUUGGUUGAUGAGCAGACAAAAUAUUUUGUUGUUUAAGCUAUAUUGAUACACACACACACACACACACACACACACACACACACGUGUAAGGUUCAUCAUGAAGAUUGUACCAAAUAACCAGCAUAUGUAAUCAUGCUAAUUAAACAAAUUAAUCUUCAAUAAAAUGGUUCGUUUGUUGUAAGAGCAUCUUAUAUUAUUUUAAUAUCAUCUUUAUAGUAUUUUAUUA